AUGCUUCUUCAGGCGCUGUCAGACCUUCAAGCAGACAAUGCAGCAUUGACCAAGGCUCUAUCCGACCAGAGCCAGGAGAUCAAAGCCCUCAGGGACUCCGCAGAUCAGCAUACUGUAAAGCAAGACUCUGCUCCGGAGCAGGAGGAAGAAUCUAAGCUGGAGGCUGCACAAGAGGACACUUCAGGUGAAGCUGCUAAAGAGACAGCGGCAGUGGAAGAUGCUGCAAGGGAAGAGGCCCCUCCCAAGGACAGGACUGAAGCUCGCUAUCGCUCCCUCGAGCUGAAAGUCCAACGACUGAAGGCGGAGAGGGAUCAGAUGGAGAAGGCGCUGCGGAGGGAGGUGGGCGAUGACACGCCGCUGACUAAGCUGCUGGAGGGUGACUCGUCGGACUGGCGCGGCCGCGCGCAGCAGAUCGCGCUGCUCAAGGAACGAAUAAUCAGCCUGCAUGAGGCACACGCAAAGGCGAUGGGAACGCCGUCGAACGCGCGCAAUCGGCAUGACGUCAGCAACCGAGCGAAUCUGGAGCGGCUGCGGGGGGGGCGAAUGAAAGAGGCUGAUGACCUGCGCGCUGAGCUGGCGUCCACGCGGGCGGCCCUCGAAGAAGCAGUCAGCCGGCAGCAGGGCGCCGCCGCGCGCAAAAAGGCGCUCGAGAAAGAGGUGCGCAGUCUAAAGGCCAAGGUGGGCCUGCUACUCGACAAGUCUGCCACGGAUGACAGCCUCAUCGCCGCUCUGCGCAGCCCCGCCGCACGAUCCGGCGCUUAUGCAACCUCGCAGCAAGCCAUGCAGUUACCCAAUCAGGCGAUGGCUAACCAGGCAUGGGAAGCCGGUUCUCCGGCGGCGUUCCCGGCGGCCGGCGGCGCGCUGACCGGACCGGUGGCGGCGGACCGGGGGGACCAGCUCGCGGCGGCUGAGUCAGCGUCGAUCCAGCGGACCUCCUUCUCCAUCUCCCUGGACAUCAACACCAACCUUGUCAGCAUCCAGGGGUCUGUGACCAGCCCAAAACUGGCAGACAGAAGCGUGGGUUUCACCAAUGGAGCCGGCAACAGCAAUGAAAACAGCAAUGUCAGCAAGCGCGUGGGAAUGGGCACUCCCUUGGGUUCCAGCAUGGUUGAAGAGACAGAGGAGGCUCCUCAGCAGGCUACAGAAGUUGAAGGAUGUAAAGAGACUGCUGUGCACGAUGAGUUUACUGAUGAGGGGCAGGGAGAUGCAGCGGCUGAUGGAGAUGAAGCAGUGGAAGCAGAGGGCGGUGUUGGCAUUGACGCAGAUGCGCCAGUUGAUAGGGAGAACAACUGCCACGAAGCAGCGGAAGGGAUUGCAGAUAAGGAAAGCCAUGUCACAGGCACCAAUACUGCAGGGGUGCAAGAAAUUGAGCAGGAAGCAAGCUUGGUGACAGCGGAGGAAGAAGCUGCUGAAGUGGGGGUGUUGAACGCCGCUGAUUACAAUGCAGAGCUCACAACCAACAAAGAUGCCACUGCAGAGGAAGACACCAGCGCCCAGCAACUGGGGGAGCAUUCAGUAGAUGGUGCAAAUGAAGAGAAGGUAAUGGUGCAAGCAGCUGACGGGGCAGCAGAGCCGAUUGAAGGGGCUGCAGAGAAGUUGGAAAGCCCCACAGCAAUGAACGCUUUGCAUGAGGCAGUGGACACAGUAAUUGCCGAAAUGCAGGUCUCAGCUGUGGCUGCAGAGAGCAUUGCUUGA